CCAGCAGCUCCAGCUCCAGUCCCAGGACCCAGCAGCUCCAACCCUGCCCCAGGACCCAGCAGCUCCAACCCUGCCCCAGGACCCAGCAGCUCCAGCUCCAGUCCCAGGACCCAGCAGCUCCAGCCCUGCCCCAGGACCCAGCAGCUCCAACCCUGUGCCCAUCAGACUGCUCAGGGCCUCCAGUGAAGAGGAUGCUCUCCAGUUUCCACCUCUGCUGCUCUCUGCUGCCUUUUGUCCUGUGUGGAUUCGUUGUCCAAGCCCAGGAGCUGCAGCCAGCCGUGCUGCAGGUGACAGCCGCCCCCGGGCCGGUGGUGGUGGCCGCGGGGCAGGACGCGGUGCUGCCCUGCCAGGUGCGGCCGGCGCAGGGCUGGGCGCAGCUGGAGGUGACCUGGUUCCGGGAGCACUUCUCGCCCUUCGUGCACCGCUACAAGCAGGGGCAGGACCAGUUCGGCGAGCAGAUGCCGCAGUUCCAGGGCCGCACCAGGCUGCUCCGGGGAGGCCUCCCCAACGGCAGCGUGGACCUGAAGCUGCUCCGGGCGCGGCUGGCAGACCGAGGCAGCUACACCUGCUUCGUCCGCAGGGACCCGCACUACGACGAGGCCGUGGUGGAGCUGCGGGUGACAGCCAGUGGCUCUGCCCCACUGCUGGUGCUGGAGCAGUACCAGGCUGGGGGCAUCAGACUGGGCUGCCACUCGUCAGGCUGGCACCCAGAGCCCCGCCUGCUGUGGCAGGAUGCCCACGGGCAGCAGCUGCCAGCCCUCUCAGAAGACAUUGCCCAGGACAGCAGGGGACUCUUCGCAGUGAACAGCAGCAUCAUCCUCACCAGGGGCACCAAGCAGAACCUCUCCUGCUCGGUCCAGGAUGCCCUGAGCCAGCAGGGGCAGGCCUCGGCGCUCUACGUGGCAGAUCCCUUUUUCCAGAAUGCCCAGCCCUGGAUGGCAGCCCUGGGCGUGACCCUGCUGGCUGUGGUUGCUCUCCUUCUGCUUGCUGUUUAUCUGCUUAAAGUGAGAGGAAGGCAGCAGGCAACAAUAGCGCUACAGAAGGCAGCCCUGCGGGAGCGUGAGGCAGAAAUUGAGAGGCAGGCUGAAGAGCUGGCAUGGAGAAGAUAUGCAGCACCCAUAGAGGAGGUGAAGGUGGUUCUGGAUCCAGACACAGCCCACUGCGACCUCGUCCUGUCCGAAGACUGCAGGGACGUGAGGCGAGAAGACAGGCGGCAGGACCUCCCCGACGGCCCCCAGAGGUUCAACCCCUGGCGCUGUGUGCUGGGCCGGGAAGGCUUCACCUCGGGCAGGCACUGCUGGGAGGUGGAGGUGGUGGAUGCAGGAGGAUGGACCGUGGGGGUCUGCAGAGAGGACGUGAAAAGGAAGGGGGAGAUUGAGUUCAAGCCCGAGGAGGGCAUCUGGGCAGUGGGGCUGUGGGCAGGGCAGCUCCAAGCUCUCUCCUCGCCCAGCCGCACUCCGCUCCCGCAGCUCCGCGUCCCCAGGCGCCUCCGAGUCUGCCUGGACUGUGCCGAGGGCAGGGUGGCAUUCUUCAGUGUGGAUGAGGAGCUUCCCAUCUUCACCUUUCCCCUGGCCUCGUUCGAGGGUGUGAAAGUCCACCCUUGGGUCUGGCUGGGUCCUGGGACAUGGCUCAAGAUGUGGCCCUGACGGAGGGGAGGCAGUGAGAGAAGGCUCAGAGGGAGAAGCUCAGGAGGGGUUAGGGGGAAGGAACCUAUGGAGGCUUCUGUUGAGAACCUGCUCACAGCAGAGCUCACUGCAGCCUGCGGUGUCUUUGGGCCUUGUUCAGCUGAGUUGUGUAGGAUCUCCUUACCUCGGGGACCUCUGUCCUGGUGCUGCACCGAGGGAAGAAUUAACCCUUCGUGACUGGUCAGAGCGUCCCCAGCUACAGCUCCUGACUGCCUCCCUCCACCUGCUGGAGAAGACUCCCACAGCUGGGAUCUCCUAGGAGCCUGCAAAAUAAAGUUCCUUCAGCAGGAUUUGUCUCUGUGCCAGCUGCAGAUGUCUGUGUCUGAGGGCUGUCUCCCCAGCCCGGGGGGAGCUGCAGGCACUCUCGAGGAGAUGGUUCAGCAGGGCCUGCAGGAGACAUGAUGGGUCCAUGGGGUGGGUCCAUGCCUGCCUCCUGUGACCUGGAGACAGCUAACACCAUGGGAUGGAGCUUGCCUUUGCUUACAGUGCUGAGGGGCCUGGAGCAGGCUCAGAAUGUCCCACAUAGGCUGGAGAUACCAAAACUCCACCUGCUGAAGAGAACUUCAGGCUGAGGCACGUUCAGGAGCAGCUUCAGAUGAUGUUGCUGUGGUGAAAUCUGCCACCUGCAAGGGAGGAGAGAGGCAUCUGCAGCCUCUGA